GCGUCUUGAAGGCUUCGUUGAUGAUGUCUGAAACAGCUGAUAUGCUACCUAAAUUUGAGAGCAAGGUUCACCCACACCAAGUGACUCAGCAGUUGCAGCAGCAAAAAACACAUGGAAUAAAUCAAGGAUUGGUCUCUGCUUUGUAUAAGCGCCUUGCUCUCGCCUCCUGGAUCAAGGAAAACAUUUGCAAGAAGGAAUGCUGCUUUUUUGAAAAAGAUGGAAGUGGGGAUGUGUGUAAGUGUGGCUACGCAAAAACUGAUCAUACAGACGAAGCCAUCAAGCCAGAAGACUUCACAGGCGAGUCGUGGAACAUACACAGACAUGUCCGUGAAGCGCCCACUGACGCUUUUGGAGACAUCAGCUUUGGUGGUUUGGGACAAAAGACAGGCAAGUACGCCCGAGUGUCCACAGACACCAGCCCUGAGAUCCUGUACCAGUUAUUGACUGAACAAUGGAAACUGUCCCCUCCCAAUCUACUGAUCUCAGUUACCGGAGGAGCCAAGAAUUUCUAUCUGAAGUCUCAUCUUAAGAACAUGUUCCACAGAGGGCUGAUCAAAGUGGCCCAGACAACAGGUGCAUGGAUCAUCACUGGUGGUACCCACGCAGGUGUGAUGAAGCAUGUGGGGCAGGCUGUGAGGGACUACGCCAUGAGUAGCUCCAUGCAGGGCAAGAUUGUAACUAUUGGAGUGGCAACAUGGGGGAUAAUUCAUAACAGGAAAGCACUGGUGCAUCCAGAGGGAUGCUUCCCUGCCCAUUAUUUGAUGGACACUGGGAACCAGGGCCAACUAUCCACUCUCGACAGCAACCAUACCCACUUCCUGCUGGUGGAUGAUGGAACCCACGGACAUUAUGGUGUAGAGAUUAAAUUGCGUAGCUGCCUAGAGAUGUGGAUCACCAGAAAGUGUCUUGGAAAUAAAGGGACUGGUGUGACUAUUCCUGUGGUGUGUGUGGUUUUGGAUGGCGGACCAGGCACGCUGAAUACCAUCUACAAUGCUAUGCUCCAUGGAACACCAUGCGUGAUCUUGGAGGGCUCUGGGAGAAUAGCAGAUGUUAUUGCACACGUGUCAGGACUGCCACUAAUCCGAGUCACUAUUGCCCUCAUCCAGCAGUUGAUGAAGAAGUUUUUUGGUCAAGAGUAUGAACAAUUCUCAGAUGGCAAAAUCAUAGAAUGGACCAAGAAGAUUCAGGACAUCAUCAGGAUGUCACACCUGCUGACAGUGUUCAGAGUGAGCGAGGACUAUCACGGGGAUUUGGAUGUGGCCAUUCUUCAAGCACUACUCAAAGCCUCAAGAUCCAGUGAAUUCCUGGAAGUUGAAUGCUGGAAUAGGCAGCUGGAGCUGGCUAUAACCUGGAACCGGGUGGAUAUAGCUGAGACUGAGAUCUUCACUGAGGAGAGCCAGUGGAAGUCCAACGACCUCCACUGGGCCAUGUUCUCAGCCCUGGCUGGCAACAAGCCUCAGUUUGUGAGUCUGUUGCUGGAGAACGGUGUGAGUCUGAGGGAUUUCCUGCAGGAGGAGGAAACUCUGUGUGAGCUCUACACACAGCUGCCCAGCUGCUUCUUUCUGCGCAAGCUGGCUAAGCGGAUCCACAGUGCUCGACGCAGCGGGAGGCAAGCUUUCGGCAUCAGAACUCGAGCUUGCAGGGAGCAAGGCGAAAAGAUCUCCCUAACUUAUGUCUCUGAUGAGGUGCGCCACUUGCUGGGGAAGUUCACCCAGCCCCUCUAUCCUCCCUCCACCACCACAGACCAGUUAAACAUGUCCAUGGAUGAAACGUCACUGUCACCGUCUAAAAGUCAGACAAGUUCCCAAGCUCAGCUCAGGGAGGACAGUCCUGAAACACAGAGGGAUCCGGGCACAGACCUUUUCCUUUGGGCUGUCGUCCAGAAUAACAAGGAACUGGCUGAAAUUGCCUGGGAGCAGUGUAGGGAUUGUAUGUCUGCUGCUCUGGCUGCCAGUAAGAUCCUGAAGAAAAUGGCACGAGAAGGAAGCGAUGCAGAUGAUGCAGAAGAAAUGCGAGAACUCGCCAAUCACUAUGAGAAACAUGCCAUUGGUGUCUUCACCGAGUGCCACAACAGUGACGAGUCGCGCGCUAAGAAACUGCUGGUUCGCAUGUCACACUUGUGGGGCAGAACGACAUGCCUGCGGCUGGCACUCGAGGCAGAUGACAAAAACGUCAUAGCUCAGUCUGGUGUUCAGGCUCUGCUGACUCAGAUCUGGUGUGGUAAGCUUUCAGUAGAGAACCCUGUGUGGAGAGUGCUGAUCUGCAUGGUGUUUUUCCCUCUUAUCUUCACUGGCUUUCUGUGUUUCAGACAUGAUGAAAUCAUCCAGAGAGAAACUGCGAAAGACGAGGAGAUGAAGACAGUGGAGACCCUGACAGGAAGCACACUUAGAAGAAAUGGUUAUGGCCCCUUGAAGCCCAUGAAGCCUCUGGGCUGCUGGUCCAGGCUGAUGUACCUGUACACCUCCCCACAGGUUAAAUUUUACUGGAACAUUGUAUUUUAUUUUGCCUUCCUCUUCCUGUUUGCUGUGGUGCUGAUGAUCGAUUUCCAGAGCACGCCCUCUGCUGGCGAGCUACUGCUCUACAUCUGGCUGCUCUCGUUGGUGUGUGAGGAGAUCAGACAGCUCUUUCAUGAUCCAGAUGGUUUUGGGUUUCGUAAGAAAGCCAAGAUGUACAUCAAUGAGUUUUGGAAUAUUUUAGAUGUCCUCUCCAUCGUCCUGUUCCUUAUCGGCCUUGCAUUUAGGCUGACAACCGAGCUGUUUUAUCUGGGUAAAAUCAUCCUCUGCAUCGAUUUUGUGGUCUUCUGCCUCCGUCUCAUGGCCAUCUUCACUAUCAGCCGAACCCUCGGACCCAAAAUCAUCAUAGUCAGAAAGAUGAUGAUGGACAUGUUCUUCUUCAUGUUCCUCCUGAGUAUCUGGGUGGUGGCUUAUGGUGUCGCCAAACAAGGCAUCCUCAUCCACAAUGAAAAUCGUCUGGAUUGGAUCAUCCGUGGGGUGCUUUACGAGCCAUACCUCAUCAUAUUUGGCCAGUUUCCCAAAAAUAUUGAUAACACUGAGUUUGACAUGAACUCUUGCAGCGUGAAUGCUACAGAUCCCCUGAAGCCUAAAUGUCCCGUGUUGAACGAAAACCAGAGCCCGGUCUUUCCUGAAUGGCUCACCAUCAUCAUGCUUUGUGUUUAUUUGCUCUUUGCCAACAUACUGCUGCUCAACCUCUUAAUAGCAAUUUUCAACUUUACAUUUGAGGAAGUCCAGGACAACACAGACAAAAUAUGGAAGUUUCAAAGAUACGAGUUAAUUAAGGAGUACCACAGUCGACCUGCUGCCCCUCCUCCUUUCAUCAUCCUCAGUCAUAUCUACCUCUUCAUCAGAAGCAUGGUGCUGCGGAGGCCCCCCAAAAUAUACAAAGAGUUCAAGAAUGAGCUCAACCCGACAGAGGAUGAGGAGCUGCUGACCUGGGAGUCCUUGAUGAAAGACAGAUACUUGGUGUCUGCACGGCAGGAGCAGAGCCAGAGCACGGAGAGACGCAUCCUGGACACAGCCCAGAAGGUUAACAUCAUAACUGAUCUGCUGGAGAGAAAUGGGGAAACGAGCGCUGCUGCCAUGCUGAAAAGACUGACUCAACUUGAAGAGCAGGUCAGCCAGUCUACUAAAGCCCUGCAGUGGAUUAUGGAUAGUCUGAAAUCUCAGGGUCUGCCCUCAAAAGACACACAGUCACGGACUCCAGCUGGCGUAGAUGAGACCCCAGAUUCUUUCAGGAAUACAUCAGAGAAAGGAAGCGGUUUCCAUGUGAAUUCCCGUCAGUUUUCCUACCCAAACAGCAAACUCACGCGCUUCCCUGUGCCUGAGGAGAAGGUGCCCUGGGAGGUCAGUUUCAGCUCAUACAAACCAACUAAUUAUACCUCUGACGACAGCGAAGACCAUGUGGAUGGAUCAGAACCAGAAGCCUUAGCUAAUUACAGAAACCCAGGGGGGAGGACGGGCAUCAGUGGGCGUGGGGCACUGAGCCGCCUGGGUCCAAACCUCAGUGUAGAGCUUGUGAUUACACGCUGGCGAGACAGCGAGAAGUCAGUUCUGGAGUACCUGGCAGUUUGUGACGAGAGUCGAAGAACUUUAUCUUUACCUGGAGGCCCUGUUGAUUCUGCUGAUAAACUGCCACCAACUCUUAAAAAAACGAUGGGAAAAAAGCUGUAUGAAACGAUCAAUGCAAAACUGUCAGAGGGAACAAAGGUGUUUGAGGGUUAUGUGGAUGACUGCAGGAACACGGAUAAUGCCUGGGUGGAAAUGACUGUCCUAAACAUUCACCUGGAUAGAAAAAGCCAGGUGAUGGUGGACAUCAACAACACGGUGCUGAGCAGUAACGGUGCUCUUCAGUGGCAGGAGGUGAGCAGCAAAGCCACACUUAGCUCAAACCAAAGAGAGUCGCUGCGGCUGGCUGCUGCUCUGCACAACAGGAAGUUCUGACAUUCACGACGCUGCGGCUGUAAAUGUGCCUCUACAUCUCCCCGUCACUGCUGCCUUUUCUUUAAAUAUGUCGAUUAAUUGUGUUGCACUGAAAGCCAUAAUCUACAUUGUGCUGCUGCUGCUGACUAUGAAAUGAAUGUUGAACCUACACUGUUAACUGCUGCUCACUAAAAACAAUCAAAUAUUAACAUUCAGAGAAGAGUGGCUACUCCUCCACACUGAAAGGAGCCAGCUGAGGUGGUCUGGGUGGUCUAGGUGAGGUGUUUCAGGCAUGUCUUACUGGGAGGAGGCCCCGGACAGCUGGAUCAGCUGGGCCUCUCUGCUAAGACCCCCUGCAACCUGAACCUGGAUAAGAAAUUGGAGGAAUAAUUAAAGGGGACUAGUUAUGUUCAUUUCCAGCUCUCUAUGUUUUUUUAAAUUUCAAUUCUACUAGAGUAGCUUUGCAUGAUUCACAGCUCAAAAUAAUCCUUAUUUAUCUUUUCCUGACUAUGCAGCCCUUUAGACUCUCCCCUUUCUGUGCUCAUACCAUAUUGGGGAUAUGUACUCAGUGAUGACUUACAGAGCCAAGAAUAUUAUAAAAACAAGCACUCAAAUUACAGGGAUUACUUGAACAUAUAGUGGCCUCAUUAUUAGAAACUUCAGUGAUGUUUGAUAUGAGCCAUUGUUACAGUAUAUGUGUGACAGAAAAAGUGGAACAGAUCUCUUUUAAGUGAACAGAGUUCACUAAUGGCGCACAGGGUGCUUUAACUUACAGUUGUCUAUUAGUAUGUAGCAGUUAUAGAGCUUAUUCUUUUAUAACACACAAGACAAUCAUCAGUAAUAAUAAUAAUCAUGUUACAACUUGGUGAAAUUAAAUAUUAAUCUACAUUUUUUUAGAUUGCCUUAAUUCACCUUUAUUUAAUUUGGAUAUAUUUUACUCGAUUAAUUUUUUUUUUAUUCACUUGUAUUGAAGCAGUUUGACUUUGUGGCACUGCUGCUUGCUUUCUCGCUGAUAUCACUAUCUAUCUCCGUUUCCCUGAGUUUGUUUGCGUGUUGCACUCUCUCCCGUCCUGUUUAAAAACAGAGAAGCUUGUGAAACACUUUUCUGCCCUGAGCUCAGCUUUUGUCCACCUGCCAAGCAUGCAGCGCUGCGCUAGUUUCGGAGCAGCCUCCGCGGGCUCUCAUUGGUGCAGCCAGAGGUGGCCAGACUACGCAGUAUCGGUUUCACUCCCUCCCCCGGCUGCCCAAUCGAUCACCUGUCCCGGCACGAAAUGAUCACAAAUCAUCCCGAUUGUGUCUGUGUGUGCUUGAAAGAGCAGUAACUUCUAAACCGCGUGGAUUUGUUGUGACUUUAUGACCUGAAAGUUGAACUGUGUGCGCCGAGCAGGCGCCAGAGUCCCGGCCUCCCUCCCUCCCUCUCUCUCUCAGUUGUUGUUAUUUGUAUCUCCACCUCCCGGCAGCGCACGGACGCUAUUUUUAGCCACAACGUCAAAGAGAGACAAAAAAACAAAACAAAAUGAAGAGUUCCCACUCUGGAGCAAAAAACAACUGUCCUCACAGAGUCACUGUUAGUCUGUACAAAGGUUGUUACAGUUAACUAAAGCUAUAUAUAAAAAACAUUUUAGUUCAAUAGAACAAGAAUAGAAACUAGAUUUUUGAGGGGGAUUAAAAAUAACUGAAAUUAUUUGUGAAUUUGGAAAAAUGAAGUAAAAUAAAAACCGGAAAUAAACUUAGUUUUAAUCUUUGGUAACGUUUGUUAUCAUAAUCUGCCUGGUGAGGCUUUGAAGAGCAUGUUUGUUACAAGACUUUAAGUCAGCUGCUUUCAGAAAGCUCUGCUUCCUUAUUGUAACACCUACAGCGAUUUCACUAAGUCUAGCCUCGGGCGUACGCCCUCGAAUACAAUAACCCUUCAAAAGAAUAGAACCUAAUGCUGAAACUAAUAAGACUAAACCAAAACAAGCAAACUGAAACUAAACUGAACUACAAACAAAAGUCACAAUGAAAUAACAAUAAAAACUAAACGUAGAAUAACUUGGGUGUGUAUGUUGACAGGCCCCAAGUUAUUUUAAACCAAUAAAAUGACAUGUUAUGCUCAUCAUAUUUUAUACAUCUUUUUCUAUUGCUUUGUGUUUAUCAUACCAACACUGUUUAUAUUUUUCAAUCAUUUUUAUGGCAAAAUGAAAUUAAGGCUUUUCUCUGACUCCUCUAGUGCACAUUGAAGGGUCCCCUCAUACCUUCUGGGCCCUUGAGCUGCCCUGUGGAAAGUUACGCCUUUGCACAGGUGUAAAUAUUUACCAUGCUGUGUGAAAUAUACUCAAUUAUUGAGCCUUAAGAGAGAAAAAGAAGCACUGAAGCGAUAGCCUUAAAAUUAAAGAACACAUGAGCCAUUCCUUCAGGAAAUUACUGCCAGUUUUUAAAUUGAAAUCUGAUUUACAGCAGAUGUUAUUGGUUUACUUUGUGUAAUGAAGUGGGGGCAAUCAAGAAAGUCUUAGGGAGUAAAAACUGUUUAUAGUAUGUCAUAGAAAAUUAAGUUAGUCUCAAAGGGUGAUGUAGUUUGUAUGUCAAACAUCUUUUAUGCUCACAUCUUUAAUUUGAGCAAAUUCAACUUUGGAAAAGCAUUCAAAGCUCCAGAUCAACUGUGUGUAAAUUAUAUGAUUUAAUUCAUCUCAAUCUGUACAAAUUAUGAACAACAUCAAUACUGCAUGGUGCAUACUGUUGAAUAAAACUGAAUUGAUUACCCGACUCCAUGUUAAUUCAGCAGAAAAUAAAAAUUAGAUUUUAUGAACAGAUCAUGUCUGACACGUGAAAAUGUUGACCUGAAAUGUAAAGUGGUCAAAUAGAUGUAAGAAGGCACAAUAUUUUCUUUUAAAUAAACAGUUCAGUUCAACCGUGUUCAGGUUCCCAGACAGGUAAUGAAUGAAAGUAAGUGAAAGUGUGAUGGCACAGAAGUAUAAAAUACCAGAAAUGGAAACACUUGGAGUGCAAAUACCUCAAUCAGGCAACGUUGAUACACAACACUUAAAAACAAAAGUACUUUAAGUGUGUUAGCUAGUGCAUAGUGUUGUUCUUGU